AUGAAAUGGAUAAAAGAUGCAACAGAAGGAACAAUUGUGGCUGGAGGAAAUCUGAAUCAAUUAUUCUACCCUCGAGGAAUAAUUGUUGAUGGUUUGGGUCAAAUCUAUGUAGCAGAUUUUUGUAAUCAUCGAAUAAUGCGGUGGUGUGAAGGAAAAGAAGAAGGUGAAAUUAUUGUUGGUGGAAAUGGUCAAGGAAAUCAAUCAAAUCAAUUGAAUGGUCCUUAUGGUUUAUCAUUUGAUGAUGAAGGAAAUCUUUAUGUUGCUGAUAGUUUUAAUCAUCGAAUUCAAAAAUUUGAAAUAAUCUUGUAA